AUGGACGCGCCGACGAAGCGGCGGAACCAGCCCGGCGGCGCGCACCCGACACGCCGUAAGGUCGUGCAGGAGCCCUUCCACCCCGCACUCCCUACACCUGCCGCGGCGGCGGCGGCGGCCCCGUCCCGCCUCGUCGGCGCCAUCGUCGAGAAGGGCUUCUCUGCCGCCGCGUCCUCCUCCGCGCCCCGCCCCUCCGUCCUCCCCUUCCCCGUCACUCGCCACCGCUUCCACGGCCCCCACUGGGGUCCCGUGGCGAAGAACGCCCCCAAGGACGGGGCUGCGGACGACGAAGACGAGAUGGACUUGGACGAGACAGACUACCAUCCUGUGGCUGCUGAUGCAGCUGGUCCUGUGAGAAGGAAGGAGAAGAAGGGCAUGGAUUUUAGCCGGUGGUGUGAGUUUGUUGGCGAUGCUCCCCCCAAACGGAGGCAGGGGAAGCCAGUGCAGGCCAAGAAACAGAGCGAUCAGAGAAUUGAUGCUGGGGCUGUGGCUUCUAAGGUAGGUGGUGUGGCAGCUACGUGGAGAGGAUUGGAGGGAGGUGCUAUGCGGCUUGACAGUGGAGAAUUGGUGGGAGGUGCUAUGCGGCUUGACAGUGGGAAUACUAGGGAAAGACCAGGUGCCGUGCUUUCGGUUUCUGAUGUGGUGUCCAAGAAGCCGAUGAGUCAGGCUGAAUCGAGAGAUGAGUUGGUGAAGGCAGGUGAGGUUAGGAAUUCGGCAUCACAAGCAGAGAGUAUGGACCUGGACGGCAGGGAGUCAUCGAUGGAAGCAGAGAUCAAUGCAGAGAACAUGGCUAGGUUGGCUGGGAUGUCUGCAGGGGAGAUUGCAGAGGCCCAAGCAGAUAUUGUAAAUAAGCUGAACCCUGCAUUGGUGGAGAUGCUGAGGCGGCAGGGAAAGGAGAAAUCUGGAGGUGCCAAAGAUGUGGGUAAGGACAAGGGUCUGGAAAACUCAGGACCGCAGAAGACCAAAAGGGCUACACCAGGGGAUUGGUUGACUGCUGGUGAACAUAGUGGGCACUCUUGGAAGGCGUGGAGUGAGAGAGUGGAGCGGAUCAGGUCUUGUAGGUUCACAUUAGAUGGAGACAUAUUGGGGUUCCAAUUUUCUCACGAGCAACAAGAUGAUGACAACCUAUAUCUCCCACUUUCAGGCAAGAAGAUGCAUUCAGAAAGUGUUGCUGAGCGUGAUUUCCUUAGAACAGAAGGAGAUCCUGCAGCUGUUGGGUACACAAUCAAGGAGGCAGUGGCACUUACCAGGAGCAUGGUUUGUUUUUUAUACACCCUCUGUUUCUAA